AUGGCUUCUCAUAUCAUUAUUCUCUCCACAGCGGUCACCGUCUUGGCUUGGGUGGUCAAGUACAUUUACGAGCAAUUGCAAGACGAUAAUCGACUCUCUCAAGUCCCUACGCACAGCUUUGCAGACGGUAACAACUCAAGAAAACGGUACCUCACCGACCUCAAGUCUCUUCUUGAGUCUGGCUACAGAAGAUACAACAAAGCCGGUCAGCCGUUCAAAAUCACCAUCCCAGUUGGAGGUUACUCAGUGAAAUACAGAGUGAUACUUCCAAAGGAACAUCUUCAGGAGAUUAAGCAUCUAUCCAACAACGUUUUCAGCUGGCAGCUGGCAUCCAAGGUCAUAUUUGCCCAAGACUAUACCGGUGCUCCUGACAGGGGCCCUUGGAGCGGGAAGGCCUUGCGCGUCGGCAUCCACCAGAAUCUCUCAGACAUCACAAAUGAGUUGAACAAGAGGAUCAACGAGUAUUUCGAUACCCAUUUGCCCCAACAGCAAGGAGAGGCUGCUGAAAUCAACUUCAUGGAAUUCUUCAUUGCAGCAAUCACGUACAUAACCAGCACGGUCCUCGUGGAUGAAAGAUUAUCGUCGGAUCCUGAGUGGCUACGAGAGACCUCGGAGUUCGCAGUCAAUCGAUACCUCGCAGCCGACGAUGUGCGAAAAUGGCCACCACUCGUUGCUAAGCUGGUGGCCCCCUUCAUCCCUUCGGUCAGGACGCUUCGUCAGCAAAGAGUCUACGUUCUGCAAAAGCUGAGACCCAUUUACGAGGAGCUACGCGCCGAGGGACUUCUCUCUGCUGGGGACAAAAGGAGGAGGAGCAGAGGAAGGUUCGGAUUCGAAUGGCUAUGGGCUGGCUCUCCGGAUGAUGUCACGCUUCAAGACUUCUCUGAUACGAUGAUGAGGACGCUUAUUGCAGCUAUCCACACAACAGCGAAGACGAUCAGUGUGGCGUUUGUUGACAUGCUUACACAGCCGACUUUGGCCACAGAGCUGAAAGAAGAAGCAAAAAAUGCCGUUUCGGAAGAUGGUCGCAGCGUUGACCUAGACAAGCUGAUUAAAUUGGACUGCUUUUUGAAGGAGUCUCAGCGGUUGAGUCCUGUGUUUUUGUUCACGAUGAACAGAAUACUAACAGAAGACUAUGAGUUCAAAUGCUCCAACCUUAAACUGCCUAAAGGAACCAUGAUCACUGCCCCUGCGGCGGCCAUUGCGACUGAUCCGGAAACCUUUCAGGACCCAAACACCUUUGAUGGACAUCGCUACUUGCGCAUGCGCGAAGAUCACAAGGAAGCGGCGAGUUCAUUGGUUCUUGGGAUGUCGACAAUUGACUCGCUUGGGUUUGGACUGGGAAACCAAGCCUGCCCUGGCCGCUUCCUUGCUGUCAACAACCUCAAGACAUUGAUGGCCAAGUUGCUGCUCGGAUGGAACUUGACUCUCAUGAAGGAUGGAGAAGAAUAUGCAGGACAGAAUCCCAAGACCGAGUACAAUGAUUUCUCUGUAGUUCCGCCCAGGGGUUUCACCUUGAGAUUGGAUAAAUUCUAG